GAUAAUCACUGGAUCCGCCAAGCUUCAAAUGGCAACCCAGUUGCCUGAUUUCAUGCUGAUAUUCGUCAUCAGUUGCCUAGGUUUCAUCUCCCUUUGUAAACCAAUCCUCGGUUUCAUCAAGUGGGUGUGGGUCAUGUUCCUCAGGCCACCAAAGAAUCUCAACACCAUAGUCACCGGCUGCACCGAUGGGAUCGGGAAAGCCCUGGCGUUCCAACUGGCAUCCAAGGGUCUUAACUUGGUCUUGGUGGGGCGAAACCCUUUGAAACUUGCAGCAACCGCCGAUGCCAUACGUGAAAAAUUCGGCGCACAAGUUGAGACCAGAAACGUCGUCAUUGACUUGGCGAAAACCAGCGGAGAAGAGAUCUCAAAGACGGUGGAGGAUGCUAUUGAAGGGCUAGACAUUGGCGUACUGGUGAACAACGCCGGCUUGGCCUACGAGGGAGCGAGGUUCUUACACGAGGUGGAUUCGGAGGUGGCGGAGAGCAUUAUAAAGGUGAAUAUAGUGGCGGCGACUUGGAUUACUAAAGCAGUGGUUCCGAUUAUGGCGAAGAAGAAGAAGGGGGCCAUUGUUAACGUUGGGUCUGGUUCUUAUGGCGGCUUCUGUUCUUACCCUUUAUACACCAUUUAUGCUGCUACGAAAGCAUACCUUACAAUGUUUUCAAGAAGCAUCAACUUGGAAUACAAGAAAACUGGAAUUGAUAUUCAGUGUCAGAUUCCAUUGUUCGUGGCCACCAAAAUGACGAAAUUUAAGAGAUCUUCAUUGUUCAUCCCAUCAGCCGAGAUGUUUAGCAAAGCAAGCUUACGAUGGAUUGGUCAUGAUGAGCAUUUGUGUGUACCUUAUUGGCCUCAUUCUUUGCAGUGUUUCGUAUUGAAUGCAUUGCCAGAUAGCUUGAAGGAUCCAUAUAUUUUCCAUUACUUUCUAGGGAUGCGUAAGAGAAUGCUGUUGAAAGAUUCUAAAAAAUUCAUAACAAAUGUGAACAACAAUCCCACAAAUGCCAUGUAGGUGAAUUAUGUAUAGUAGUCAAAAACUAAGAAUCAAGUUCUGUUUUUACGCUAAAAUAAUGGCAGCAGCAUCUAGUCAACUACCAGAUGAAUUCAAAUUCAGGCUGUUGUUUGUUUAUUAUCUUGCAGUGAAUCUCUGUUUUGGACAUAUUUCCUUCUCUUUGUUUUCAUUUCAAUACUACUUUCU